AUGAGACCAGCGGUGGCUUCAUGGCAUUGGAACGUGUCUAAACUCUCGCACCUUGCUGGUGUUUUCGACCAAAUCGACGCUCUCCUUCCGUCCUCCGAUGACACUCUUGCCUCUGGACCAAGCAACACUUCUACAAUGUCUGAUGCGGAGGAGUUGUGCGCUCGUGCGGAGAGCAUUCGGGAUAGGGUGAAGUUGGUGAUGGAGGGGCGGAUUGGCUCUGCCUCUGUUCUAGGUGAACCGGAACUGUGUGAUAGAAAAGGUACCGAUUUUUGCUACCACUUUUUUUUUGUAAUGUUGGUCCCUACUCCAAAUGUACUUGCUUUUCCAUUACCUUCUGGUGCAGAUUUGAAGGCAAAUUCUACCGAGCAGUUGCACUCUUUACCACCAAAGGCGGAGCCAAAUAUGGAUACCUCCAGCGAGGUUUCUCUGUACCACUCGCAGUACCCUCAGCACUCUAUUCCCCCUUCUCAUUGCUACCACCGACUGCAAGAGUAUCAGCAAUACCAACACCAAUCCCAUCACGUUAACUGCGAAAGGCAGUCUCACCAGCUUCCACUUCAGCCUACUGCUACCGCUACUACCGUCACUUACCGACAUGACCCUCAUGUCGUCAGUAGUGCUCGUCAUAGUCUCGUCAUUGAUGAUGACCUAUGUCUGCCUGUUGGCCACGUGCAACGCCUUAAAAAGAAACUCAGUGCCUCUCUUACUACAAGCGGAUCUAACCACGUACCAAGCGACCUUCGUGCCAUUCCAAGACAGAUUCCCGGUGCCAAGGAACUCUUUGGCGCUUCUGCAACUCCUCCCGAUCCCGCGAUACUGUUUUCGUCGGGCAUGAGGUCACCAUCACUGUCAUCGCAGCGGCAGCUACCUCCACUGGCACCAAGGAGGCAAUCAACAAAAGACGAAAUUGUCUCGCUGCAGAAGAAUGUCGCCUCUAUGGCUGCGGCUGCAGCUCUUCAGCGCAACAUGUCUGUGCGAGCUAAGGAGGUAAUCAUUGACGGUUGUGGCGGUGGUGGUGGAGGUGGCAAAGGUAGUGUUAGAGAUCUUGCAGUGUCGAGAUCGGUCGCUGUCGGCCUUAUCCCGCCUUUGUUGUCCAAGUCGUCAAUAUCGGUUCAAACUCAGACGGAGCCGUUUAACGCCUGUCCUUGGUGGACGAUGCUAGAGACUCCUGGAUGGCGCCAGAGCUCGAUGUCCUUCUCUGCCGCUUCAUCAGGCAUCGGAAUGGAUGAUGGGAGCAAUUUUCAGGAUGACUUCUCAUCGGUCUCAAAAUCUUGUUUUGUCUGUUGCAAGCAUAGUGCUGUUGCGGCCGGUGUUGGUGGCACCAAUCGUCCCCAGUCUGGGACUACAUCGUUCUGCCCGGCCCCCGACUUACUUCAAGAGGAUUCCGUGACUGAGGAACUCAGAGGAAAAGCCACCAAACCGCUGCGUCAAGCCUGUGGUGAUUCUUCGGGUAGCAUAGCCCAACCCAUGAUUGUCAAUCGAGGAAUGUGGGACAGGCACAGUUUGGUUCGUAAGAUGACUGUUGGUGGAGCCUGUCAUAUAUCUUGUGGAAGUGAUGAGCCUCAGUGGCGUGCAUCCACUUCCACUGUGUGGUUUUGGCUGCGAAUGAACGAAACCCAAGUUAUUGUAGAAGCACAACAUUCUGCUCUUCCGGUGAAGCAUUCAACUUGCUUCAACUCACAGACUCCAGAGUCUCAAAUUUCUGGUAGCAUUGACACACAUGAUGAACAUGAAUGUCAGAUGAUUAGGUAG